CGCAGGCCAACGGUCUGGGCACGCAACCCGCAUCCCAGAGAGAGGUCUCGGCCGCAAAGCUCGCGAGAGGACAUGUCCGCGGCGGCGGCGAGAAAGGAUUCAUCAACGUGCUGUAAUUAAGAGGCCAGUUACCUGGACACAAUGGACCACUUAGGGACAGCAGACACUGAGGAUGAUUCAGGAUCAUUAACAAAUCUUGCUCCUAGUCCUCAUAGUGAAGCAGUUGCUCAUGAAUUUCAGGAACUCUCAUUGCAGGCUAGUCAGUACUUACCUCCCCUCACUGAACGAAAGAAUGUACUUCAGCUUAGGCUGCAGCAAAGACGGACAAGAGAACAGCUGGUGGACCAGGGCAUCAUGCCACCUUUGAAAAGCCCAGCUGCAUUCCAUGAGCAGAGAAAGAGCUUGGAACGAGCCAGGACUGAAAAUUUUCUGAAGCACAAGAUUCGCAGCAGACCAGAUCGAUCAGAAUUGGUCAGAAUGCAUAUCCUGGAAGAGACAUUUGCAGAACCCUCACUUCAGGCAACUCAGAUGAAACUGAAGAGAGCUCGGCUGGCAGAUGAUCUGAAUGAAAAGAUUGCUCAGAGGCCUGGCCCUAUGGAACUGGUGGAAAAGAACAUCCUUCCUGUAGACUCCAGUGUUAAAGAAGCAAUUAUAGCAGUUGGACAAGAGAGUUAUCCCCAAGCUUUGGAUGAUUACUCAUUUGAUGAAGACAGCAGUGACGCUUUAUCUCCAGAUCAGCCAGCUAGCCAGGAAUCCCAGGGUUCAGCAGCAUCUCCUGGUGAGCCAAAAACAAGUGACUCGCCAUCAUCAGUCACACCGAACACUACUUCUACCACACAGCAGUAUCUCUCAUUAACCUCUGCAGUCCCUGAAUUCCUAAAGCCUGCCCCCACCACUGAGCAGCACACUACACACUCUACAACUACUACUACCACUUUGACUACAAAUACUCUAUCUGCAGCAAAGCCUGGGCCAACUUUGGUAAAGCAAAGCCACCCCAAGAACCCAAAUGACAAGCAUCGGAGCAAGAAAUGUAAGGAACCUAAGCCUAGGGUAAAGAAGUUGAAGUAUCAUCAAUAUAUCCCACCUGAUCAGAAAGGUGAGAAGAACGAGCCACAGAUGGACUCCAAUUAUGCUCGCCUACUACAGCAACAGCAGCUUUUUUUGCAGCUGCAGAUCCUGAGCCAACAGCAACAACACUACAACUACCAGACAAUUCUACCUGCACCGCUCAAGCCUCUCAGUGACAAACAGAACAACAACGGGAAUAUACCACUGACUACUUUGAGCAACAGCACACCUACGUCCGUAGCCUGCACACCAAGACAGAACAGUAAUAUUCCCAGCAGAAAACCAGGACCGCUUCCUUCAAGCUUGGAUGACCUGAAGGUAGCUGAACUGAAGAUGGAAUUGAAAUUAAGGGGAUUGCCAGUGUCUGGAACUAAAACAGAUCUUAUUGAGCGUCUAAAACCCUACCAAGAUCUUAAUAAUAAUGGUGUCAAUACUAAUAAAGUGGUUGCAAUAACCACUUCUACUGGUGUCAUCAGUAACACAGGGGAGGUAACUGUGGCAUUCCCUGUUACAACAUUAAAUAAAUCAGUGGGGAGCUUUCCUUCAGAAACGUCGUCUGCUGGAACUGGCUUCAAAUUAGCACAUACUGAAAGCAUUAGCUCCCCUUUGCCCAUUUCACCAUCUCCUUCAGAACAAUCAAGUCUGAGCACAGAUGACACAAACAUGACAGAUACUUUCACAGAAUUGAUGAGCAUGAUGUCACCAUCGCAGUUCUUAAGCACUUCACCUCUAAGAGUGACUGUGAAUGAAGACAGUCUGAGUCAUGCCAGUGGAAGCAUUUCAAGCAUGGAGCUUGAUGCAGCAGAAAAGGACCGCAAGCUUCAGGAAAAAGAGAAGCAGAUUGAAGAGCUCAAAAGGAAACUGGAACAAGAACAGAAACUUGUGGAAGUACUGAAAAUGCAACUGGAGGUUGAAAAACGGGGUCAGCAGCAGCAGCAAUCUCAGACUCCUGUUAACUCCAUAACUACGUUGGAUCAGAAACAGUUAAAUGCUGCUAUCAAAGAUGAAAACACUCUCACUGAUUGCUCUAGUCCAAGGCAACCAGUAUCUGUAACCAGCCAUUCUUUAGGACAGCCAGUGUCUACUGGUGGCCAGAACCUAGUUGCUAAAAAGGCUGUUGUUAUCAAACAGGAGGUACCUUUGGCCAAAGCUGAACCACAGAAUGUAAUCUCUCAAUUCUAUGUGAGUUCACAGAGGCAGCCACAAACUGCAGUUGUUGCCCAGCCUCAAGCUUUACUAGCUACCCAGGGAACAACACAGUUGCUACUCCCACUGUCUAUCCAAGGACCGAAUUCAGCCACUUCAGUGCAGCUACCACUGGGCAAUAUACAGCUACAGGCUCAGUCACAAGCAGGAAUUCAGGCUUCCUCACAAGUAUCUGUGCCUGUUUCAUCUUCUGGUCUAGUUCAGACAGCACCACAGAUGCAUGGUCCACCAUCAAAACAAAGUACUGUCACCCAGUAUGUGCUCAGUCAGGCCCAACAAAUCAGAAAGGUUUUCCCAUCUAAUACAUCAAAUACAGUAUUUCCCUAUCAAAAUCCACCAGUUACAACACUACAGCAGCCUUUUAUCAAUAAAGCAUUAAAUACUAGCCUCGAUGCUGUGAAGAACCAGGUUCCCUCAGUGCAAAAUGGACCCAGUAAGCCUGACUCACCAUCCGAGUCCCAACCAUAUAUCAUACAACACUCUCUAUUCAGCAACCCAGUAACCAAGACAAAAGACCCUCCACGUUAUGAAGAGGCCAUAAAACAGACCCGCAACAUGCAGGCAUGUCAGCGAGAGAUUUCAAAUGCACACAGUCAGCAGAUGGAUGAUCUCUUUGAUAUCCUCAUUAAGAGUGGCGAGAUUUCCCUCCCUAUAAAAGAGGAACCAUCUCCCAUUUCCAAAAUGAGACCAGUUACAGCCAAUAUCACCACAAUGCCAGUGAACACAGUGGUAUCUCGCCCACCACCACAAGUCCAAAUGGCACCUCCUGUGUCUUUAGAACCAACAAACAGUUUGUCUAUAAGUUUGGAGAACCAACUUGAAGCUCUCUUGGAUGGAACUUUACCUUCAGAUCAGAGCCAUCUGGGAAUUAUACUUCACAGGUCAAGAGAGAAUGAUUGUAGUUAUUGAUGAAAAGUACCACCCAGAAGAAAGCAGGAAAAAAAAGUGUAUAUAGGAAAUAGCAUUGAGAUAUCUUCAUAAUGCUCAAACGAACUGCAAAACGUGUGGUCAUUUGAUUAGACUUUAAACAGAAGAAAAAUAGUGCAAUCAGAUUUCAACCUACUGUACCAAUAAAGAGUAAACAUUGUUUGAGGGAAGGUAAGAUAUCACUGCACUUGAUUGUUCCUGUGGACAGCCUGAGCCAAGAUCAAGAGGCAUUGUAAGGGCAAAGGCAACUAAAAGCACUGGCUGGUUCAGUGAAAUUUCACUUGUCUAGAGUUUUUAAAUUUGUUCAAGUUGUAUUUGUAUUUUAUUUUAUUUUCUGUGACUUUUAGAAAACUCUUACUCUAUUUCAAUUUUAAAUCCUGAGGGAAGAACUUAACUGCAGCCAAAGGGAUAUUUUAAAUGUAAUUGCACACAAUCCACUGUAGCAAGGCCAGGUAUAUUGAGAACACUGAAUUUUCUAUACAACACUUUGGAUUUAUUAGAUAUGUGUAUAUCAGACAGUUAUUUGUAUACUUUUUACCUUUGUGACUUGUACAGCUUAUUUUUGUGGAGCCAGAGUAGCAGUGGUCACCAAACCAACAGAGUAUAGUAUUCUAAGAAUAUUUAAUAUCCAAGUUUACUUCCAUUGUUUCAGAGACUAUUUGCUAGAGACAUUCAUCUAGCCAAAUAUCUCAAAGAAUCAUUUCAGGAUAUUAAAAUGUUUACAGGACAAUACAAGAGGAGUUCCAUAUAAUUGUUGUAGGCCCUGAUCUUGCAAACAUUUAUGGACAUGAGUAAGACAUGCUGACCUCGAUUAAAAUUUUUGCAGGAUCAAGGUCACAAUUCAUAGGAUGUACUGACAAGAUAGGCAACUUUAAUCUCUUAAGAUAGUGACAUACCCACUCCCUAACCCCUGAACAUCUUAGGUAAAAGUUGUUCAAGAGCAAUGAAAAAAUAGAAAAGCUUCAAGAUGUAAAAUUCAACACUAUUAAAAAAAAAUAGAAUAGAUGAUUGUAGCAAAAACAGUACUUAGUUGAGGGCAUGCUGGAUUGGUGGUGAUGGGUAUGCAGUAACAAAUGACAACCCCCUAAUUUGCUCCUUGUAGAAUUUCUAACUUUUUAGAAACUAACAUGAAAAUACUUUGAAAAACAAACCAGAAUGCAAAUAGGAAUGAAAUAUUAUAGAACUCUAUUUUAUUUCUCAUACAAUAACUUUAACAGUAUUGCUGUAACUAAUACGUACUACAUAUUCCCACAAAGUUAAGAUCAGAAAUAAAGCAAUUUCUGGGCUGAAAAUGGGUCUCAGUUCAGAAACAGGUUUCAGAGUAGCAGCCGUGUUAGUCUGUAUCCGCAAAAAGAACAGGAGUACUUGUGGCACCUUAGAGACUAACACAUUUAUUUGAGCAUAAGCUUUCAUGGGCUACAGCCCACU